AUGUCGCCUUUCUCUUGGAUACUCACUUUCUGGCCCUUCUGGACGCUCCCGGUGUUGCUGCGCAUUGUGACAGCCGAGCGGACCGGGCAGGUCUGCUCCCAGUGGGGGUCUCCGAGCCAAGGGGGUCUUUACAAGGACGGGGAUGUGAUUCUCGGUGGACUCUUUAAUGUUGAAAUCGCACAUUCCGCUAUUGAUAGAAACUAUACCAAGAUGCCACAUUUCCCAGCUUGCACCAGCAUCUAUCUGCUCUCAUUGAAAUCCAUGUAUGCGAUGGUGUUUGCGGUGGACGAGAUCAACGCCAAUAGCACACUUCUCCCGGGAGUCACUCUGGGCUACCACAUACUCAACAGCUGUUUGGGAUACCCUUGGGUUCUGCAGGCUGCAUUGUCUUUGAUUGCAGGGGACACAAAGUACUGUGACCUAACAACCGCUUCUGCGUCCCUGCUGAUUGGUCCUGCCUCAUCCACAUCAAGCCUUCUAGUGUCCAAUACCCUGGGCCCACUCUCUGUGCCGAUUAUCAGCUACGUGUCCAGCUGUGCCUGCCUCAGCGACAGAUCCAAGUUCCCCAAUUUUUUCAGAACCAUCCCCAGCGAUGUUUACCAAGCGGGGGCUUUUGCGAGGCUGGCCGUUCGCUUUAAGUGGACGUGGGUGGGAGUCGUGGUUAUUAACAAUGACUACGGUCAAUUAGCCCUACAGGUAUUCCAGGAGGAGAUUAUGGGCAAAGGGGUGUGUGUGGAGUUUAAAGAGAUCAUCCACCAGGAAUACAAUAAGGCGGAUGUCGAACGUGCGGCAAAUAGCAUUCAAGCUGCUAAAGCCAGGGUGAUUCUGAUUGUUACCUGGUUUCGUCAUGUGAAGAAUAUAUUUCUGGAGCUGGCCAAGAGAAAUGUGACGGACAAACAGUUUUUGGCCAGUGAGUCUUGGAGUACCAACGCUGAUCUCCAAGACGCUGCCAUCACUCAGGUCGUACGUGGAAUCGUAGGCGUUGCCAUCCAGAGCGCCACCAUACCCGGAUUUGCAAGUUAUCUCCGAAGUUUGAACCCCAUUCAUCGUCCCGACGACAACUUUUUAAAGGCAUUCUGGGAAGAACAAUUUGAAUGCAGUCUGCCGUCUCCGUCACUCAAGGGGCGGUCAAAGCAUCCAUCAAAUGUGUCUACGGCGUCCUCUGACAAGCCAUCCGUGGUGAGGGCAUCACUGCCACUCUGCAGCGGGAAAGAGUCCCUGGAGACGGUGCAGAAGCCCUUUACUGACACCUCGCAGCUCCGUUCGUCAUACAACGUCUAUCUGGCUGUUUACGCUGCAGCGCACGCCCUCCACAGCCUCCUCGCCUGCCCUAGCAGCAACAUCAGCAGCACCACCUGCUCCUCUCACGAUCCCAUCAACCUUGCGCAGCUGUUGCAGCACUUGGACAGAGUGCACGUCAGCACCCCGCAUGGCGAUCGGUUUCACUUCCGAGGGGGCGACAUCGCGGCGAAGUACGACCUCGUCAACUGGCAGAUGACCCCUGAAGGACCCCUGAGACUCGUUGUGAUUGGCCACGUGGACGGAUUUGACAUCCAUUUGAACGAGUCGGCUAUCCAGUGGAGCACAGGAUCUAGUCAGGUGCCUUCUUCAGUGUGCAGUGAGAGCUGCCCUCCUGGCACCAGAGUGGCCAGCAGGAAAGGAGAACCUAUUUGCUGCUUUGACUGCAUCCAAUGUGCUGAUGGGGAGAUAAGCAAUACAACCGGCUCACCCUCCUGUGAGCGCUGCCCGGUUCAAUUCUGGUCCAACACGGAGAGGACGGCCUGCCUCCCUCGCCAGCUGGAUUUCCUCUCCUUCAACGAGACUUUGGGCAUCACCCUCACAGCGGGAGCCGUGUCGGGCGCCAUGGUGACCACUGCUGUCUUUGUGGUCUUUCUCCACUACAGACACACGCCUGUGGUCCGAGCCAAUAACUCCGAACUGAGCUUCUUCCUUCUCGUGUCGCUCAAACUCUGCUUUCUGUGCUCGCUGCUCUUCAUCGGGCGUCCCUCGGCCUGGGCUUGUCGCUUCCAGCAGGCCGCCUUCGGCAUCAGUUUUGUACUUUGCCUGUCCUGCCUCCUUGUUAAGACCGUGGUGGUCCUGGCAGCCUUCCGCUCUGCUCAGUCCACUUCCAAAAACUUCAUCAAGUGGUUCAGUCCUUGGCAACAGAGAGGAAGUAUCGGCUUGUUUACUUGUAUACAGGUGACCAUCUGUGCCAUAUGGUUAUCCCUCAGCCCGCCACUUCCUGGCUAUGAUGUGGGCAUCUUAGGGGCAAAGGUCACCCUCAAGUGUGCCAUGGACUCUGUGGUGGGGUUCUCCCUGGUUCUGGGCUACAUCGGCCUGAUGGCUUGCACCUGCCUCCUCCUGGCCUUCCUCGCCAGGAAGCUUCCGGAUAACUUCAACGAGGCCAAGCUGAUCACCUUCAGCAUGCUCAUCUUCUGCGCCGUCUGGGUGGCGUUUGUUCCCGCCUACGUCAGCUCGCCGGGGAAGUACGUCGUGGCGGUGGAAGUGUUCGCCAUCCUCGCCUCCAGCUACGGUUUACUCUUCUGUAUUUUCGCACCAAAAUGUUUCAUCAUUGUUCUUAGGCCUCAGAAAAACAGCAGGAAAUACCUCAUGGCGCUCAGAGCCUCCGCUGUGAGCACCAGACACGCCCCUGCGCUCGUCACGCAGACCGCGCCCACACUCCAUGGAGACAAUCUACAAACAACGCACCUGGCUUUGAUGAGGGACAACAGUAUAAAGAGCCCCGACGCUGAUUCCUCGUCGUCGGAACGUCGCUCUGCUCGCAUGCUCGUGCCAACUAUCGCCACGCGAGUGGGUGACCUCUCCAGCUUCACCACUAACACUCCACCCAUGUCUCGGCUUUCCUGGUUCCCCACUCGGCGCUGGCCAUCCUCAACCCUGUUGCUGCUCCUGGUGGGGCUGCUGAGCAGGCAGCCAGGCCUGAGGGUGGGUCUGCAGGCAGUCCACACGCUGACUUGUCCUCGGUGGGGAACGCCCGGAAAUCGGGGGCUUUUCCGGGAUGGAGAGAUUGUCAUCGGCGGUCUCUUUCACGUCCAUUACACGCCUCCGCCCAUGGACAACGACUUCACUGACGAGCCACGCUACAAAGAAUGCACCGUUUUAGAGCAUCUCCCAAUGCAGUACAUCUACGCCAUGGUGUUCGCGGUGGAGGAAAUCAACCGGAACCCCACCUUGUUGCCAGGCAUCCACCUGGGCUACCACAUCCGCGAUAGCUGCGCCUCGCACCCCUGGGCCACGCAGGCCGCCCUCUCACUGGUGAGCGGGGACAGCAGCAGCUGCAACCCCGAGGACAUCGCGGAAGAUUCGAAAGGUGUUCCCUUGAUCAUCGGUGGGGCUUCAUCCAAAACCGCCAUAGUCCUCUCCAGAGUCCUGAGUCCACUCUCUGUGCCUUUAAUGAGCUACCAGUCGAGCUGCCCUUGUUUGAGCGACAGGCGUCAGUUUCCCAACUUCUUCAGGACCAUCCCCAGCGACAUCUACCAAGCGCGAGCCAUCGCCAGUCUGGCCUUAUACUUCAAGUGGACCUGGAUCGGCGCGGUGGUCGCCAACGACGACUACGGUCUAGUGGCAGUGAAGUUGUUCCAGGAGGAGACCCUGGGGUCGGGGGUGUGUUUGGCCUUUUUAGAGACUCUAAAUAGGCCAAACAUUGCGAGCGAUGCCAGGAGAGCAGCCCUCGCCAUUAAAGCAUCGAGCGCCAAAGUGAUCCUUGUUUUUUCCUGGUACACGGAAGUGAGGGAGGUGUUUCUGCAACUGGCCCAGAUGAAUGUGACUGACAGGCAGUUUAUAGCCAGUGAGGCUUGGAGCACCAGUGGCAGCCUUCUCCAAAAUCCCAUCACCUCAAAAGUGGCGAGCGGAGUCCUCGGCAUAGCCAUACGUAGCUCGCCAAUAUUGGGAUUCGAGAAUUACAUCCGGAGUCUGACCCCAUUCCGUCGCCCCGAUGACGACUUCUUAACGGAAUUCUGGGAACAGGAAUUUGCCUGUCGAAUUCCAGACGGCUCGGCGUCAACACCGAGCGCAAACAUGUCCAACCCGAGGACUUCACUGCCCCUCUGCAGUGGGGAGGAGUCCCUGGAGGUGGUAGAUAACCUCUUUACCGACACCUCCCAGCUACGACAGGCCUAUAAUGUCUAUCUGGCUGUUUACGCCGCAGCUCACGCCAUUCACAACCGCCUCGCUUGCCCCGCCACUACCUCCAGGGACCGCAGCUCCACCUGUUCCUCCACCAAGGAUGUCAAACCUGCUGAGCUGCUGCAGCACUUAAACGAGGUCAACUUCACCACGCCGCAGGGAGAAAGGCUUUAUUUCCAAGGGGGCGACAUACCGCCUAAAUACGACCUCGUCAAUUGGCAGAAAACCCCCGAAGGCUCCCUGAAACUCGUCCUGGUCGGCCACGUGGACGGCCACGACAUCCAUCUGAAUGACACGGCUGUCCAGUGGAGCUCAGGAUCCCUUCAGGUGCCUUCUUCGGUGUGCAGUGAGAGCUGCCCUCCUGGCACCAGAGUGGCCAGAAGGAAAGGAGAACCUAUUUGCUGCUUUGACUGCAUCCAAUGUGCUGAUGGGGAGAUAAGCAAUACAACCGGGUCAUCCAACUGUGAACGCUGUCCAGUGGAGACUUGGUCCAACACGGACAGGACAGCCUGCAUCCCUCGCCAGCUGGACUUCCUGUCCUUCAACGAGACUUUGGGCAUCACCCUGACUACAGUAGCCGUGUCGGGCACCAUGGUGACCACUGCUGUCUUUGUGGUAUUUCUCUACUACAGACACACACCUGUGGUCCGAGCCAACAAUUGCGAGCUGAGCUUCCUGCUCCUCUUGUCACUCAAACUCUGCUUCCUGUGCUCGCUGCUCUUCAUCGGGCGUCCAUCAGCCUGGGCUUGUCGCUUCCAGCAGGCUGCCUUCGGCAUCAGUUUUGUACUCAGUGUGUCCUGCCUCCAAGUGAAAACCAUUGUGGUUCUGGCAGCGUUCCGCUCAGCCCGUCCUGGCUCCGGAGCCCUGAUGAAGUGGUUCGGUCCGGGCCAGCAGAGAGGGAGCGUGUGCGUGUUCACUUGCAUACAGAUCAUCAUCUGCAUUAUAUGGCUAUCACUCAGCCCCCCCGAACCUAGACCAGACUUCGAUACCCCCGGGUUAAAGGUCACUCUCAAGUGUGCCAUGGACUCUGUAGUGGGGUUCUCCCUGGUUCUGGGCUACAUCGGCCUGCUGGCUUGCACCUGCCUUCUCCUGGCCUUCCUCGCAAGGAAACUUCCGGACAACUUCAACGAGGCCAAGCUGAUCACCUUCAGCAUGCUCAUCUUCUGCGCCGUCUGGGUGGCGUUUGUUCCCGCCUAUGUCAGCUCGCCCGGGAAGUACGCCGUCGCCGUGGAGAUCUUUGCGAUUCUUGCCUCCAGUUACGGCUUGCUAUUCUGUAUUUUUGCACCAAAGUGUUUUAUCAUUCUUUUGAGGCCUGAGAAAAAUACCAAGAAACACAUGAUGGCCAGGUAGCAAAUGAGCUUUGUAUGACCAAAAUAUAUAUAUUUUUCUUAUGUGGUAGUUUGCGAUGUGAUAAGAUGUUUUGGACCCAAUACUGUCUGAUACAUUAUUUGUUUGUGUAACAUGUGUAACACAAAUGUGUUACUGUCCAUAUGAAAAACAGAAAUAAAUACACAUGGAUAACAUUAUCUUAUUUUAAUAUACAGUGUGUAUAUUUUUAGGCUGUUAUAGGUACAUCCAACCAAAUAAAGGUUAU